AUGGGUAGAAAACAUAACAACAAAACGUCUACUUUGGCGGUCCAAGAAGCGGUCGUUCAGGGCAUCCAGAUGGGUCUGAAGCGCAAGGAUCUGGCUCUUCAAUUCAACCUUGCAAAAUCAUCCAUUACUAGGAUUUAUAAGAGAUAUCAGAACGCGGUCAACGACAAUGGCAAAUCAACGAGCAGAACGCAUUCAGCUAUGAAGAUGGCUAAAAAGAACUCGCCGGCCCCACACCCAAACUUGCCAUUGAAGUCCAAUCUAGAAGAAUUUGUUUCGAAAACCUAUGCCCUCGGGGAAUACAACAAUCUUGCAAGCCCUGCUUACGCGUAUACGUCUGAUGUUCAUGACGAGCGAGAAGUGGAUGUUGGGACGGAAUCGCGAUAUGAGAAACCAUAUGAAAAACGAAACAGUGGUAAGCGAAAACCUUCAGCUGUGGAAGAAGGAGCAGUUUCUUCUUUCCGUUCAAUUACUGAAAUAGUUCAUGCCGCGGAAACCGCCACACUUGCUAAAGAAGUGAGAGGUGUUGAGAAUUCAACACGCCUUCAAAACUUGCUUAUGGACUCUGUCCUUUCUAUCAGAGGGUUUGGUUAUCGAAAACUGACAGAACAAGAAAUCAUUCGGUGGAAGAAUCUAAUACAACAAGACUCUCGUAUACGCGAGCUUCUUGCUGACUCGAAAAGUUCGGCGGAAAUUGAAAACAUAUUCGAACACGAUGAAUAUAAAAAUAUGUUCACUUCUUCUAAAUGGCAUGAAAUUGCAAUCUGUGUUCACCGAGCAUUGACGAAUUCUCUGGACAGAACCAAUUCGAGGUCGGAACUUCAAUUAUUUGUCGGAAAUGUGCAAACCGAAUGGUGA